CCAUCUUAACUUCACCACUAUAAGUCAUCUUCAUCUUCUCUUACUACCCUUCAGAUUACUGUGCAAUUCGUCUUCACUUCCACUGAUUUCUGUCUGAAUCAGUCACCUCCGAUCAAUGGCAACCGCCGUCUCCACCUUCGGAGCCGUUAACCGUGUUCCGUUGAGCUUCAAUGGAAGCAGUGGUAGUGCUGUAGUCCCAAACUCUUCUUUCUUGGGUAGCAACUUGAAGAAGAUAGUGAACUCAAGACUGAUCAACAACAACAAGUCUUUCUCCUUCAAAAUAUUCGCAGCUGAGAAAGAGAUCGAGGAAACCCAACAGACUGACAAAGACAGAUGGAAGGGACUCGCAUAUGACAUGUCUGAUGAUCAACAAGACAUCACCAGAGGGAAGGGUAUGGUCGACUCUCUCUUCCAAGCUCCACAAGACGCCGGAACCCAUUUUGCUGUCAUGAGUUCUUAUGAAUACGUCAGUACUGGUCUUCGCUCAUACAAUUUGGACAACAACAUGGAUGGGUUCUACAUUGCGCCUGCUUUCAUGGACAAACUGGUUGUUCACAUCACCAAGAACUUCAUGACUUUACCCAACAUCAAGGUUCCUCUCAUUUUGGGUGUGUGGGGAGGAAAAGGUCAGGGUAAAUCUUUCCAAUGUGAACUUGUGUUUGCCAAGAUGGGAAUCACCCCAAUCAUGAUGAGUGCCGGAGAGUUGGAAAGUGGGAACGCCGGAGAACCGGCGAAGUUGAUCCGGCAAAGGUACCGUGAAGCUGCAGACAUUAUCAAGAAGGGUAAAAUGUGCUGCCUCUUCAUCAACGAUCUUGACGCCGGAGCCGGAAGAAUGGGUGGAACCACCCAGUACACCGUCAACAACCAAAUGGUGAACGCCACCCUCAUGAACAUCGCCGAUAACCCCACCAACGUUCAACUCCCCGGAAUGUACAACAAGGAAGAAAACCCCCGAGUUCCGAUCAUCGUCACCGGUAACGACUUCUCCACCCUUUACGCUCCCCUCAUCCGUGACGGACGUAUGGAGAAAUUCUACUGGGCUCCGACGAGAGAAGACAGAAUCGGUGUCUGCAUCGGAAUCUUCAAAACCGAUGGUCUCUCUCCUGAAGGUGUUACGAAGCUUGUCGACACUUUUCCAGGACAAUCCAUAGAUUUCUUCGGAGCAUUGAGGGCAAGAGUGUACGAUGAUGCAGUGAGGGAGUGGAUCGGAGGUAUCGGAGUGGAAGGCAUAGGGAAGAGGCUUGUGAACUCAAGGGAAGGGCCUCCGACAUUUGAACAACCGAAGAUAACAGUUGAGAAGCUCUUGGAGUAUGGGAACAUGUUGGUUCAAGAACAGGAUAAUGUGAAGAGAGUGCAGUUGGCGGAGACUUAUUUGGACUCGGCGGCGCUCGGAGAUGCUAACAGGGAUUCCAUUGCCAGAGGAGAGUUCUAUGGGAAAGCGGCGCAGCAGGUGCAGGUUCCAGUUCCGGAAGGGUGCACCGACCCGGGUGCGGCUAACUUUGAUCCCACGGCUAGGAGUGACGAUGGAAGCUGCAAUUAUACUCUCUAAAUAUAGAAACUUUAAGGGAACAGGGAGUGUGUCUCUAAGAGGAUGUUAAAUAGUUCUAUUUUGAAAGAUUGUUGCUACCUUUUUUUAUAAUUUUGUUUGUUAAUUACUUCUCGAAUAAGUUGCUUUGGACUAAAAGGAAUUCAAGCCUUUAUUCGUUGGUCUAUGUUAUUUUUACUUUUUAAUCAAUCAUCCAUGAUUUGAAGUUUA